GUGGAGUGAGUAAGGGGAGGUAUUGUUUAUUUUUUCGUGUGAGUAAAGAGCACAUAUUUUAACGACGUUCCCUGGGAGGUACGUCACAGGCUAGCAGCCUUUUGGUUGACUGGGGGGAGAGGGAGAGAAAGAGUAGAGGAGAUACCGGUGUAGGACGUGAAACGACAUCCAACCGUCGGACGGGUGAGACGCAACAAGAAAAUAGUAACUGAGAAUAGCCCCUAUUCACGGUUGAAACAAUAACUGCAAGGCUAAAAAGGGCUGUUAAAAGACCGAGCAGGUUUAAACAAUUUGAUGUUGCCCGAAUUUAAGCAGCUGGUUAGCCUGUUGUCACUUUGUCAUUAAAUAGGAAUUAAGAGUGGGCUUUCGUGAACGUGAAAAGUAACUAGCUGGUUAGCUCGCUCCACUCUGGGUUUUGAGAGUUGAGAGGCUGGUUGAAUUUCGUGGAACCGGCGACAAGCUGUGAUCUGGACUCACAUCCUUUCAAGACCUCCACACCGGGCUCACGGGGGUUUUGUCAAAACACACAGCCGAGUCUCUAGUCUCUGUACACCGAGAAGGAGGAGGAGGAGGAGGAGGAGGAGAGAGGAGAGAGGAGAGACUACGGCAGGCACAAAGAGCGGAGAGCAUCCAGGAGGACGGGACGGAGAGAGACAACAACGGGGACCCGACAGAAAAGAUCCCAGAUUUCCGAGCUGGACAGGCAACACUCUGCUCAUAAGAAUCACCUGAAAACGGGAUCCUGCACGCUGUCCACCAAAAGGGAUAACUGCUCCUGAUCCGUCUGCCCCUCAGCCCCUGCAGUACCCAAUCGUCCUCUCCACACUGUCCUGAUGAAGGAGGCCGACGCCAUCAAGCUCUUCGUGGGGCAGAUCCCCCGGAAUCUGGAAGAGAAGGACCUCAAGCCUAUCUUUGAGCAGUUUGGCAAGAUCUAUGAGCUAACUGUGAUUAAGGACAAAUACACUGGCAUGCACAAAGGAUGUGCGUUUCUGACGUACUGUGCGAGAGAGUCGGCACUGAAAGCCCAGAGCGCUCUCCACGAGCAGAAAACACUACCAGGGAUGAAUCGGCCAAUCCAGGUGAAACCAGCUGACAGCGAAGGCAGAGGAGAGGACAGGAAGUUGUUUGUGGGCAUGCUAGGAAAGCAACAGAGUGAUGAGGACGUCAGAAGGCUGUUUGAGCCCUUUGGCAGCAUAGACGAGUGCACUGUGUUGAGAGGACCCGAUGGCACCAGCAAAGGGUGCGCUUUUGUAAAAUAUCAAGGACACGCUGAAGCCCAGGCUGCCAUCAACAGCUUGCAUGGGAGCCGCACAAUGCCUGGAGCGUCAUCCAGUCUGGUGGUGAAGUUUGCUGACACAGAGAAGGAGCGGGGGCUGAGGAGGAUGCAGCAGGUGGCCUCCCAGCUCGGCAUCUUCAGCCCCAUGACCCUCAACUUCCCCGCCUACAAUGCCUACACGCAGGCAGUCAACGCACAGCUUGUCCAACAGCAGGCCCUGGUUGCCCAGUCAGCGUACUUGUCUCCCGUGGCAACAGUUGCCGCCGUACAGAUGCAGCAGAUGGCAGCGCUCAAUGCCAACGGAAUCAUUGCCACACCCAUUACACCCAUCACGCCGUCCUCGGGUGCAAACACUCCACCAACUAUUGCAGCAACGCCUGUGCCAUCUCUCCCUCCGCCAAUAGGAGUUAAUGGUUACAGCAGUUUGCCAGCCCCCACCAAUGGACAACAAGCAACAGAAGCACUAUAUACCAAUGGCGUUCACGCAUAUCAAGCUCAGAGUCCAGCAGCAGCCCUGGACCCCCUACAGCAGGCAUAUGCAGGCAUGCAACACUACACAGCGGCGUACCCUGCUGCCUACGGAUUGGUCGGGCAGCCGUUCCCCCAGCAGCCUACGCUGGUUGCCCAGCAACACCAGCAGCCCCAGCAACAGCAGCAGAGAGAAGGUCCAGAGGGUUGUAACAUCUUCAUCUACCACCUGCCUCAGGAGUUCAGUGACUCUGAGAUGCUGCAGAUGUUCCUGCCCUUUGGCAAUGUCAUUUCGGCUAAAGUGUUUGUUGACCGAGCCACCAACCAGAGCAAAUGCUUCGGAUUUGUGAGUUUUGACAACCCAGCCAGCGCUCAAGCCGCCAUCCAGGCUAUGAAUGGCUUCCAGAUCGGCAUGAAAAGACUGAAAGUGCAGCUCAAAAGGCCCAAAGAUGCCAACCGGCCGUACUGAGUGACAACUGAGGGGAGGAAGAAGAGAUAAAGACAGGUGACCUUUCAGAGUCCAGCCGAGGUGGAAUCCCAGGGUUCAUAGUGCUUUCAGACUGUCUGCUACCUUUGAUGUCCGGGGAGUGCAGCAACACACACACAAACACACACAGUGACACACGAAUACACAUGUUCUCUCAACACUGAACCUCAAACGAGACAAGGCUGGUAUACAAAUGUACAUAAAGUGCACAAACACACACACACACAGACCCCUGCUGACGCUCACACAAAUACACGGUUCACACGAGUCACAGUAAUCCAACCCAUACAGCCGAGAGCUUGGUUUGACCAUGGUCUGUGUGUGGAGUUUUCCAACAGGGUGUUUAGUACAGUUAUUACGACUCAGACCAAGCAUGUAUGGAAGGUACUGAUGAAAAAUGCUGAUAUAUCACUUCAAUAGACUUUAGCUUGUCUAUACCAUGUCUAUUACAUGACAAAUAUAGAGGGGCCGAUGUUUCAUAAUAAAAAAAAUGAAAGAAAAUACAAAAAAGACGACUAAAUGAGUAGGUUAGAGACUUUGGAGAAAAUCCUAAUGACCUGUAAAUAAUUUAGUUUACAAAGAGCAGCAUUUAAAAAACAAGAAAAAAUGCAAAAAGAAUAUUACUUUAGAUAAACACUGAACAGGACACAGCGACAUUAUUAUUAUUAUUAUUAUUAUUAUUAUUAUUAUUAUUAUUACCACUAGUAACAUCAACAUCCUCAUAAAGGGAUAUUACAUUCCAAAUUGUAAAAUGGGAAAUCACUAACCUAUUUUAAAUUUCUACUUAGAUUUUAGGUGAAACUUGGGGGAGGGGGGAUUGCACUUUUAUUCGGGAGGUUUUAAUAUUUGAGCUAUUUUUUAUUUAUUUACUAAUUUAUCAAUUAUUUUGUUUAUUGGGAGAAGGGGUUUGAGUGGGUCGCAAUAUUUUGAUUUUAGAAUUUUCUAGAGAAAACCUUUUGAGGGCCUGUUUCUGUCAGACCCUUGCAAUCGAGUAAUUAUAAUGUAUGUAUUAAUUAUUACAGCAAUUAUAUUUAUUUCUAAUUUAUUGAAUCCUGUUUUUG